AUGAUAGAAUUCCAUGCACCAUGGUGCCCAGCUUGUAAAGAUCUUCAAAAAGCAUGGAAUUCAUUCGCAGAUUGGUCUAGAGAUCUUAAUAUUAAUGUUGCUGAAGUUGACGUUACAACUAAUCCUGGUCUUUCUGGUAGAUUUCUUGUAACUGCUCUUCCAACAAUUUAUCAUGUUAAAGACGGGAUUUUCAGACAAUACUCUGGUUCAAGGGAUAAGUCAGAUUUUAUAGGAUUUGUUGAAGAAAAGAAAUGGAAAAAGAUUGACCCAAUUCCAUCAUACAAAAAUCCUGAUUCACCACAAAUGAAUAUUGUUGCUAUAUUCUUUAAACUUUCAAUGGCUGUAAGAGAUCUCCAUCAACAACUUGUUGAAAAACAUGGUGUACCAGCCUGGGGUUCUUAUGCACUUUUUGGAUUUGUUACUCUUGCUGUUGGAUGUGUACUUGGUUUCAUUAUCGUUUGUAUCAUUGAUUUAGUUUUUCCAACUGGUGGUGCUCCAACAACAAAUUCUGUUUCAGGAAAAAAAGAAAAGAAGGACAAAAAAGAGAUAAAGGAUGAUGGUAAAAAGAAGACAGAGACAAAGAAAACAAAGUAG